AAUCUGAUUGCGGAGAUAUUGCAACGGACUUGUUCGCAUUUCUCCAGCAAAAUGGCCAAGACAGCCUCGUCGCUCUUCCAGACCCUGAAGAGCUACAUCAAGAAACCGUGGGAGAUCACCGGCCCGUGCGCCGGUCCGGAGUACAGAUCCGCUGUGCCAGGCGCCCUGGAGUACCGGUUGGAAUGCCCCGCCAGCGUCAAGGUACUGCCCUGGAUCCCCUCCUCCGACCCCGAGACCGUCUUUGACAUCAAGUACUAUAGCCGCGACCAACGCCGCAACCGCCCUCCCAUCCGGCGGACUGUGCUCAAGAAGCCUGACGUGGUGAAGAUGAUGAAGGAGAAGACCUUCGAUGUCUCCGACUUCCCCAGAGUCUAUCUUACCGCCAAGGUCGAGGAGGACAUGAAUACUCAUGGCGGAGGGUACCAGUAAUAGGCUUGUGGGAUUGUGGAGAAAUGGUCGAGCUCCAAUGUUCCUUCUGUUUCUCUCUCUCUUGCUUUGUGAUUAAAGAUGAGCAGGUCAUAUCAGAGUAGAGAUUUGCCCUGACUGUCCAUUUAAAGAAGAUAUGGUGUUUCAAUAAGAAUGGUUGCCUGCAAUUGAAUUUUAUUUCCUUUUGCUUACUUUCUUGCAUGAAUGUGUUUGUAUACAUUCCAAAUGUAACCGCAGGUUGGAUGUUUGAUGACAACUGAUGUCUCAAAAGUUGUAGAAAUUUUUUUUACA